CGUGCGCGUCACCUACCACGGUGUUAUGCGCGCGCCCGCCACCACCACUAGUGCGCGCCGCCGUUGCUGCGGAAUUGACGGGGCUGCCGUCGGCGCGAGAGCGGAUAUAGACACUCACCUAGAAAAUAAUGAACAACAAAUUUGACGCCCUGAAAGAUGAUGACAGUGGAGAUCACGACCAGGACAACGGCUCACCGAAAGACGGGGAGAAGGAAAAAAAUGACGAAGAGGAGAAGGACUCUAACACUACCAAAAGAAAGGCCGUGGUCCCAGGGGCCGGAGAGCACCCUCUUCAGUACAACUACACGUUUUGGUAUUCUCGUCGUACACCAGGACGGCCGGCCAGCACACAAAGCUACGAACAGAACAUUAAACAGAUCGGCAGCUUUGCUUCGGUGGAGCAGUUCUGGCGUUUUUAUAGUCACAUGAUCCGACCGGGUGAUCUGACUGGUCACAGUGAUUUCCACCUGUUUAAGGAAGGAAUUAAACCCAUGUGGGAGGAUGAUGCAAAUAAGAGUGGAGGUAAAUGGAUCAUUCGGCUGCGUAAAGGCCUGGCGUCACGCUGCUGGGAGAAUCUGAUCUUGGCAAUGCUGGGCGAGCAGUUCAUGGUGGGCGAGGAGAUCUGUGGGGCCGUUGUGUCUGUUCGCUUCCAGGAGGAUAUCAUUUCUAUCUGGAAUAAGACAGCCAGUGACCAGGCCACCACUGCUCGCAUUAGAGACACUUUACGCAGAGUCCUCAACCUGCCUCCCAAUACCAUUAUGGAGUACAAAACACACACAGACAGCAUCAAAGCUUGGGAGGAUUUCCAUGGUCUAGUGAAUGCAAGUGGAGGCCGCUAGUUUUUCAUCCAGAGAGUGUGUGACGGAUUAUCAACUUAAUUUUCCCAAGGAAGAGGACAUUUCCGAGGAUGAUAACCCAAAAUUGAUCUGUUUUUAAAAGAAAAACAAAAGGGACGUCAUGAAAAGGGUCAGCAUGAGACAUUUUUUAUUAUUGAAGACUUCUGGCUUGUGUUUUUAUAAUCAUCCAAACACCACAUCACCUGAAAACUCUCACAGAAGAAGAAGGAGCCAAAUCAUCACCAUGCGAACGAAUGUUUUCCAGUCAUCCAUUAGGCUGAGCUAUCAGAGCGGGACCACAUAGUUCAGCCACUGUGACAUGAACUAAUGGCUGGAAACUGCCACCGUUUUCCAAAAAAGAAAAACAACAUGCCCUUGUGUAGUACGGUCACGUACUCACGUUUACCUGAGUUAUCAUCUGAAUAAUUAAGUCUCGUAAAGAUGGCCCAAGCAGGAAGACAGAAUUCAUUUAGGUCACAUUAUUUACCAAUGAGGGUGCAGGUUGAUGGGAUAUUUUACUAUAGUGCAGUAUUUUAGCUACAGUGUUGAGUUGUUUUAACAUAGAACUGUUGUACAAAAAAAAAAAAAGAAUUAUAUUUCUAAGUGUAUUUGGAGAGAUCUAUAAUGGCAAACUUUUUAUUUCUCCUGAGUUUGAGAGAGUGUAAACCCAAAGGACAGUGCCCUACCAGGGAUGGGUGCCAUGCUGCCUGAUUCACUGUGCCUGGCCUUCGCCUCCGGCAAAACACUGAUUUCCAAGAACGCUCAACAUCCGCUGGAGUCGUCGACACUGGAGAAACGACUCUAUUCAUAGGACUUCAAGCCCUGUUUUAAAAAAUCACUCGGACAUUAUUCAGAUAUCCUAACUAACAAACACUGAUAGUUAAAGGGGGCUGUGGAUCAACACUUUAUACUGCCUGAAAUUCAGUGCUGGUGCUGGACAGUUGUAUUUGAGGUACAUAAAAAAGUGGAAAGGAAAGGGUGUUUUUAAUUAUGAUUGAUCAUAGCAAUAAAUGUUGAUUAUGCAUCUGCUGCUAA